CAAAUCUUUAGGUUUUUCGAGAAACUGUGCCCUUGGAGUCACGGUCGUUGGGCUUGUGCGACAAUUUGCGUUGUCCUUUGCGUAUUUUUGCGCAUUUUCAGUACCUUUCUAUUAGUAAUUAGCAAAUAAGAAGAUGGCUCGUCAAAGGAGAGCCCCAUCUGCACCGAUGAGGCGGGCCCCUGCGCCACCACCACCACGCCGAGCGGCAGCCGCACCGGCCCCAACCAAGGCGGCAGCUGCACCAACGCAGCCUGUGCCAACCCAGGCGCACCCACCAGCACCAGUGAUGUCCCAGCCACAGCAGCCUGGCAUGUUUGCUCAAAUGGCUACUACAGCAGCUGGAGUUGCCGUUGGCUCUGCAGUGGGCCACACAAUUGGUCAUGCCCUGACUGGUAGCAUGGGAGGGGGAAGCGCUGAGGCCGCUCCCGCUGCUGCUGCUCCUGCGGCUGCCGCGCCACCUAUGCAGCAGCAGCAGCAGCUCAGUGGUCCCUGCCAGUAUGAGCUCAAGCAGUUUCUGGAGUGUGCCCAGAACCAGCAUGACAUCUCGCUGUGCGAGGGCUUCAACCAGGUUCUCAAGGAGUGCCGGCUCCAGUAUGGUGGAGGCAUGUAAAUUAGUCAACUAGGAAACAAUGCUGUCGGACCCACUUCAAGAACAAGCCGGUUAUCAGUGCUGAGGAGGGCAUGGUCCUUGCGCACAUGUGUAGAAAGUAAUAAAAGAGAAAGUUCUUUAGUGUGUCAA